AUGCAAAAAUUAGGCCACAAAGAAGGUAAAGGUUUGGGAAAAUAUCAAGAUGGUAUUAUUGAACCUGUUGAAGCAUCCAAGCAAAUCGGUAAAAGAGGUUUGGGGUUUAAAUCGGUCGAAUUAGAAAGUGCACUUUUAAACUUUGAUCCAAACAAAGAAACAAUAUCAAUUGAUGAAGAAGUUAUUUGGUUACCUAAUGCUUAUAAAGAUUCCAUCUCUCAAGAAGUUUUAAAUUCAUGGGUAAAAACAGGUUAUCAAGAUAAUUCUUACAAUGAAGAUUUAUUUUGUCAAGCUGGUGUUGUCAGUAAUAUAUUAUCAUCAAAGAAUGUUUUAAAUAACAUUGGAGAAAAAGAUUUGAAAAAUAGCAGGAGAAGAGCAAAUCCAUUUGAAUCAAUUUCAAAGGGUAUUUUUAUUAAUAGGGCAGCUAUGAAAAUGGCUAAUUUAGAUGCAAUUUUAGAUUGGAUGUUUACCAAUCCUGUAGAUUUAAAUGGGGAUAAAAUUAUUGACGAUGAAAGUUUACUAUAUUUUGCUGACGUUUGUGCUGGUCCCGGAGGAUUUUCCGAAUAUGUUUUUUUCAGAAAAAAAUGGAGAGCUAAGGGAUUCGGUUUUACAUUGAGAAAUGAAAAUGAUUUUAUGCUUAACGAAUUUUGCGCCGGGCCAUCAGAAACAUUUGAUCCGCAUUAUGGCGUCAGAGGUGAUGGAGACAUUUACGUUCCGGAAAACAUCGUCAGUUUCAGGGAUCACGUUUUACAACACACCGAUGGAAAUGGCGUCCAUUUCAUGAUGGCGGACGGGGGUGUUCCCAUAGAAGAAAAUUUUAACGAUCAAGAAUUGAUAUGCAAAAAAUUAUAUUUGUGUCAAUGUUUAGUAGCUUUAAUGAUUGUAAGAACCGGCGGACAUUUUGUUGUUAAACUAUUUGAUUUAUUUACUCCUUUUAGCGUAGGAUUAGUUUAUUUAAUGUACAGAUCCUUUCAAUCUGUAACAAUUAUCAAACCUAAUACUAGUAGGCCAGCCAAUUCCGAAAGGUAUUUAGUAUGCAAAUACAAAAGAGAAGAUUGUAUUGAUAUAGCCAAUCAUCUGUUCGAAAUAAAUAAAAGGGUUCCUCGAUACGAGGAUAAAAAAGGAACUGACGUUUUGGAAUUGGUUCCAAUCGAUGUUCUAACGAACGACAGUGAUUUUUUCAAUUACAUAAUUUUAUCAAACACAAAAAUAGGAAAAAAUCAAAUUGUCAGUCUUGACAAAUUGGCUGCAUUUAGCGAAAAUUGUGAUUUAAAAGAAGAACGACAACAAGAAUUGCGGAAAACUUGUUUGAACAAAUGGAAAAUUCCCGACGAAGCGAGAGCCGAACCACAAAAAUCCGAUCCCGGAACCAAAUGUUUAGAAUUGUUUGGAAAUUCAUCCCUUUACGAAUUUGAAUGUUGUUCCAAAUCGAUGAAAAUUACAACGUUUGAAAAUUUUAAAAAAAACGUAAAUUCAGUAUUAGAUUGGCGUUUUUUAUUAAUAAAUGGAAAAGAAGAAAAAAAUUCUUGCGGUUUUUACAUGGGUUUGGGAAGGAAUAAUAUUUGGGAGUACACUUCUAAAGGUUGGAAAAAAUUAAAUUCAAGCAUAAACGGAUUUUGUUUACCUGCUAAUACAAUAGUUUACGGAGAAAUCGUCGAGGAAUUGAUAGGAGAAGGAAAAGGACAAACGAGGAAUUUAGCUUUUCACAUAAUCGAUGGGUUGUUUUUGGGAGGGGAAGAUAUUAAAAAUUUUUCUCUUGUUAAAAGGUGGUCGUUGUGCGAAUUGUUUUCAAAAGCUUUAUACAAGAAAAGUUUUCCAGUUCGAGUGAAAAAAACGUACAAAUUAUUGAAAUUCGAUGUGAUGAUUGAGGAUUUGGUGUACAAAUUAAAUAAAUCUUCUGUAUCGGAAAGUCUUUAUUUUCCAUUAGAACAAAAUUUGGCGUUUAAAAUCGGCGGAAUAGUUUUUUUUAGAGAUACCAAAGAAUUUUGGCAUAGAUUUUAUAGUUCAACUUGGAAAGCUGUUUAUUUUCAUAACAGUCAAACGAAUAAAAAAAUUUAUGAAAAUCAUUUAACUGACGAUGAUAAAUGGAACAUUUACGGAAAAUUUAGGUAA